AAGAUAUAACGAGCUUUCCAUUUCAAAACUAAUUGUUCUUACACAGUGCAAAAGCUUAUCGGCAUUUUGAUUUUUGUCCAUGGCGGCUAUUCCCACUGGCGCUUACACGGCGGCCGGUGCCUCGCCGCUGCUCCAUCCGAACUCAUGCCUCCGUGUCACCUCCGCAAGAUUCAACUUUCGGGUGCGUGCAUCAGCAAGUACUGCUGGGGGAUCAGCCGCCUCCACCGGCCAGCAACCGCCAACGCCUCCUGCUCCGUUGAGCAACAACGGAAGCUUAAGGAACAACUCCACUACUCAUGAGAUAGAGGAAAAAACUUUGACUAUAAAGGAUUACAUGGAAUGGAGCAAGGAUAUGAUUGGAUGCGGAUCCGAGGGUGGGCCACCACGCUGGUUUUCGCCCUUGGACUGCGGUUCUCCAAUCAAAGACUCGCCUCUCUUGCUCUACUUACCAGGGAUUGAUGGUGUUGGACUUGGCCUUAUAAAGCAUCAUAAGCGACUUGGAAGGAUCUUCAAUAUGUGGUGUCUCCAUGUUCCAGUUACAGAUCGAACAUUGUUCACAGACCUGGUGCUCCUGGUUGAAGCAACUGUUAGGUCAGAGCAUCACCAUGCACCAAGACGGCCCAUCUAUCUUCUUGGAGAAUCUUUUGGGGGAUGCCUAGCACUUGCUGUUGCUGCUCGUAAUCCUCAUAUUGAUCUUGCACUAAUUUUGGCAAACCCAGCCACGCGUCUAUGUGAAUCUCAGCUGCAAAAUCUGAUAGUGCUGUCAGAAGUCAUUCCCGAGCAACUCCAUACAAGCAUGGUUAAAACGCUAAGUGUGACGACAGGUCUUCCUACAAGGGUGGCAGUGGCAAUUCCUGGUAACGGGCGUCCUCUGCAACAAGCAGUAGCUGAGUUAUUUCGCGGUGAUGCAGCAUUUUCAUCCUACUUAUCUGUGCUGGCUGAUGUUUUACCUGCAGAAACACUUAUCUGGCGGCUGAAGAUGCUCAAAUCAGCCGCAGCUUUUGUCAAUUCUCGCCUCCAUGCUGUCAAAGCUCAGACUCUGGUACUUUCUAGUGGAAAGGAUCACUUGAUACCCAGCCCAGAGGAAGGUGAGAGGCUUUGUCACAUGCUUCCAAACUGUGAAAUCCGGAGAUUUAAUAACAGUGGUCAUGCCCUUCUCCUGGAAGAUGGCUUUGAUUUGGUAACUGUCAUAAAGGGUGCCAGUUUUUAUCGACGUGGAAGGCACCUUGACUUUGUUAAAGAUUUUGUGCCGCCAAGCACUUCUGAAUUUGACAGUGUGUAUCAACCAUACAGAUGGAUGGAAGUUGCCUUCAACCCUGUAAUGAUAUCAACUCUCGAGAAUGGAAAUAUUGUUCGGGGUCUGACUGGAAUUCCUUCUGAAGGCCCGGUCUUACUCGUAGGUUAUCACAUGAUGCUUGGACUUGAACUAGUUCCUCUGGUGUCCCGCUUGUGGAAUGAGAAAAAGAUUGUCCUGCGAGGCAUAGCGCAUCCUAUGAUGUUUCAGAGACUAGGAGAGGGGAGAAUGCCUGUGUUAUCGAUGUAUGAUGAUUUCCGUUUUAUGGGUGCAGUUCCCGUGUCAGCAACUAACUUCUAUAAACUUUUAUCAUCAAAAUCCCAUGUUUUGCUGUAUCCCGGGGGCAUGCGGGAAGCUCUUCACCGGAAGGGAGAGGAGUACAAAUUAUUCUGGCCAGAACAGUCUGAAUUUGUCAGGAUGGCAGCUAGAUUUGGAGCGAAAAUUGUACCUUUUGGUACGGUGGGAGAAGAUGAUGUUGGCCAGAUGCUCCUUGAUUACAAUGACCUGAUGAAGAUACCCUAUUUCAAGGCUGGGAUAGAGGAGUUAACUGAUGAGGCGGAGAAGCUAAGAAAUGACAUUGAAGGAGAGGUUGCAAACCAAGAUGUACAUCUUCCAAUCAUUCUUCCAAAGCUUCCCGGUCGUUUUUACUUCUACUUCGGCAAGCCAAUUGAAACAGAAGGGAGGAAGGAGGAAUUAAAAAGCAGGGAAAAAGCACAUGAAUUAUACUUGGAAGUGAAGUCUGAGGUUGAGAGAUGCAUUAAUUUCCUGAAGGAGAAAAGAGAGAAUGAUCCAUAUAGGAACAUAUUGGCCCGAACCGUUUACCAGGCUAGCCAUGGUUUUGAAUCUGAAGUUCCGACCUUUGAUCUAUAGUUAUUCUUCACGUA